UUUUCGUGGCUUAUUCAAUCAGUUUAUUGUUGACAUGUAUGCAAAAAUUGAAACCGAACGAUUAGUUUAUAUACGAUCUAAUCAAAGGCAGCUGCGCGCUGAAGAAUACGUGCACCUUCGCGACGCUAUGCAGCAAGAUAAUGAUACGGUCAAUAUGGGUCGCUUAGUUAUUUUACCAUCUUCUUUUACUGGUGGUCCACGCUACAUGCACGAACGUACUCAAGAUGCCUUUUGUUACGUAAGAAAAUAUGGACGUCCCGACUUAUUUAUUACUGUGACUACCAAUCCCAAGUGGGCUGAAAUCACUCGGGAGCUUCUCGAAGGUCAAGCACCGCAUGACCGCCAUGAUAUUAUCGCAAGAGUUUUUCAUUUAAAAUUAAAAUCAAUGAUACAUCUACUCACCAAAGAUAACAUUUUUGGAGAAGUAUUGUGUUAUAUGUAUAGUGUUGAGUGGCAAAAACGCGGCUUACCUCACGCACAUAUCCUGCUUUGGUUAAAAGAUAAGGUUCGACCUAAUGAUGUAGAUAGUUCAAUCAGUGCUGAAAUUCCAGAUCCAAUUGCAGAUCCUCUGUUAUACGACAUUGUUAAAACUCAUAUGAUACAUGGUCCAUGUGGUGCAUUUAACAGGAAUGCUCCUUGCAUGCAAGAUGGUCGUUGCUCUAAAAGAUAUCCAAAAGCCUUAGUGGAUGAAACUGUAACAGGACAUGAUGGAUACCCAUUAUAUCGUCGCCGUUCAAGGGAUAAUGGUGGUUUUAUUGUUGAAAAACGAGUAUCUGGACAACAGGUUACUCUAGAUAAUAGGUGGGUCGUUCCGUAUUCGCCCGUGUUGUCUAGAACAUUUCAAGCUCACAUAAACGUUGAAAUAUGUAAUAGUGUACAAUCUAUAAAAUAUAUCUGUAAGUAUAUCAACAAGGGUAGUGACCAAGCUACAUUUGCGUUGCGAAAUGAACACGAUGAAGUCACUAGAUUUCAGUCAGGCAGAUAUAUUAGCUCUUCAGAAGCGGUGUGGCGGAUCUUAAGUUUUAACAUUCACGAAAGAUAUCCACCUGUGACUCAUCUGGAUGUUCAUCUUGAAGGCGGUCAACGUAUAUAUUUUAACGCAGAAAAUGUUACAGAACGAUUAGAGAACCCUAGACAAACAACUUUAUUAGCAUUCUUUCGACUUUGCCAAAUUGAUGAUUUUGCUAAAUCUCUUUUGUAUGAGGAAGUUCCAUCGUAUUAUACCUACGAUAAGCAACGAGGUGUCUUUAAUCGUAGACGCCGUGGCAGGCCUGUUGAAGGCGAGUCAGAUAUUUUCAAAGAACAUGUUCUUGGUAGAGUGUAUACCGUUCAUCCCAAUAACGCUGAAUGUUUCUUUUUGCGAUUAUUGUUACAUACAGUGCGAGGACCAACUUCCUUUAUUGAUUUGAAAAAAGUAGAUGACAUUGUUUAUCCAACUUAUCAUGCAGCUUGCCAAGCGCGUCAUUUGCUUGAAAAUGAUCAGCAUUGGGAUGACGCUUUAGCAGAAUCCUGUGUAAGUGAUAAUCCACGACGGUUACGUCAUUUAUUUGUAACAUUACUCACAUUUUGUAAUUUGUCAGAUGCUGUACAAUUAUGGGAAAAAUAUAAAGAAAAAUUUGCAGAAGACUUUCUUCGGAAUAUGUCUCAUAAUGACGAAGGUGCAAAUAAUUUCCGUGAUCUUGCCAUAAAUCAGUGCUUAUUAGCUCUUCAGGAAGACUUAACAGCAGUAGGCGGUAAAUCACUCUGUGAAUAUGGUUUGCCAACACCAACUUCAGUCGGACAGGUUAUCAAUAGUGAAUAUUCCGCAGAGAUUGGUUACAACUCAAUGGAACUGUUGGCAACAUUAGAAAACGGUGUCCCAAUGAUGACUGCAGAACAACGUACAGUCUAUGAUCGCGUAUGUGAGAGUGUUCAGAAUGAUUCGGGAACAAUGUGGUUUUUAGAUGCACCUGGAGGAACUGGAAAAACCUUUUUGACUAAAUUAAUAUUAGCUUAUGUUCGAAAUCAGCGUAAAAUUGCUCUUGCCGUGGCUUCAUCGGGUAUAGCUGCAACAUUGCUACCAGGAGGUAAAACUGCUCACACUAUGUUUAAAAUACCAAUUGAUUUAGAUCGCACGGAAAGUCCAACCUGUAGUAUAUCAAGAAAUAGCGACAAAGCUAGGGUAUUACGUGACUGUAAUUUAAUCAUAUGGGAUGAAUGUACGAUGGCCCAUCGAAAAGGAGUAGAAGCGGUAGACAGAACUUUAAGGGAUAUAAGACAAAAUGAUCGACCAAUGGGCGGUAUCACGGUUUUAUUUUGUGGUGAUUUCCGACAAACCUUACCGGUAAUACCACGGGGAACCCGAGCUGAUGAGGUUAGAGCUUGCCUGAAAAGCUCUUAUUUGUGGCGUGAUAUACAAUCGGUGCAUUUAACUAUAAACAUGCGAGUGAGAACUGGUGAUAACCCGGAUGAUCGUCAAUUUUCCGAUACAUUAUUAAAGAUUGGUGAAGAUACCUAUCCACGACUACACCAAGGAAAACUUAUUCUGACGCCUGAAUUAUGUUGUAUAGUGCAAUCCCAAGAACAUCUUAUAUCGUCGGUUUACGGUGACGUAACAAAUAUAUUAAAUAGGGACAAUUCUUGGCUAUGCGAAAGAUCAAUUUUAACUCCUCGCAAUGACCAGGCAUCUGAGAUUAAUAACAAAAUACUGGCGAAUAUACAGGGGGAAAGCAAAGUUUAUUGUUCAAUAAAUAGAAUGGUCGAUGAACAAGAAGCCACUAAUUACCCAAUAGAAUUUUUAAAUUCCUUAAAUAUGCCCGGACUUCCUUCUCAUGAAAUUUGUUUAAAAAUUGGCAUUCCUAUAAUUUUGCUCCGAAACUUACGACCACCAAAACUUUGCAAUGGAACUCGGCUAAAAGUAACCCAGUUGCAACAAAAUAUAAUCGAGGCUCAAAUUUUAACAGGUUGCGGUGCAGGAGAAACCGUCUUUAUUCCCAGAAUUCCUAUAAUACCAAACAAUUUUCCAUUCCAAUUUAAAAGAACGCAAUUCCCAGUAUCGGUGUGUUAUGCAAUGACAAUUAAUAAGGCUCAAGGGCAGACUCUUCGUGUUGCUGGAGUAGAUCUCAGUGUCAGUUGUUUCUCGCAUGGCCAGUUGUACGUCGGUCUCUCCCGGGUUAGCAGUUCUAGAAAUCUUUAUGUUCACGUGCCAGACGGGUCAACUUUCAACAUAGUUUACCCGGAAGCUUUGCGCUGA